UUUGUCUGCAAGAAUGACAAGUGCAUCCCUUUCUGGUGGAAAUGCGACACCGAGGACGACUGCGGGGACCGUUCGGACGAGCCGGAGGACUGCCCUGAGUUCAAAUGCAGACCGGGGCAAUUCCAGUGCUCCACGGGGAUCUGCACCAACCCGGCCUUCAUCUGCGAUGGGGACAAUGACUGCCAGGACAACUCCGAUGAAGCCAACUGUGAUAUCCACGUCUGCCUGCCCAGCCAGUUCAAAUGCACCAACACCAACCGCUGCAUUCCCGGCAUUUUCCGCUGCAAUGGUCAGGACAACUGCGGUGACGGCGAGGAUGAGAAGGACUGCCCGGAGGUGACCUGUGCCCCCAACCAGUUCCAGUGCGCCAUCACCAAGCGCUGCAUCCCCCGCGUCUGGGUGUGUGACCGGGACAACGACUGCGUGGACGGCUCGGACGAACCUGCCAACUGCACACAAAUGACGUGUGGUGUGGACGAGUUCCGGUGCAAGGACUCGGGCAGGUGCAUCCCAGCGCGCUGGAAGUGCGACGGGGAGGACGACUGCGGGGACGGGUCUGACGAGCCCAAGGAGGAAUGCGACGAACGCACCUGCGAGCCCUACCAGUUCCGCUGCAAGAACAACCGCUGCGUGCCGGGUCGCUGGCAGUGCGACUACGACAACGACUGCGGGGACAACUCGGACGAGGAGAGCUGCACGCCCCGACCUUGCUCGGAGAGCGAGUUCUCGUGUGCCAACGGCCGCUGCAUUGCCGGCAGGUGGAAGUGUGAUGGGGACCAUGACUGUGCGGAUGGCUCUGAUGAGAAAGACUGCACGCCGCGCUGCGAGUUCGACCAGUUCCAGUGCAAGAACGGGCACUGCAUCCCCAUGCGCUGGCGCUGCGAUGCUGAUGCGGACUGCAUGGACGGCACUGACGAGGAGAACUGUGGCACUGGGGAGUCACCAACAGCCAAGCCCAAGAGCUGCAGCCAGGACAAGAACGAGUUCCUGUGCGAGAACAAGAAGUGCAUCAGCGCCAACCUCCGCUGCAACUUCUUUGACGACUGUGGCGAUGGCUCCGAUGAGGAGUCCUGCUCCCACGGUGGGUGGGGAGCUGGGCGGGCGGUGGGUGCCGCGGGUGGACGCUGGGGAAGCGCAGGGGCUGACGGCGUGUCCCAGUACGACUGCAUGACCAACACCACCAUGUGCGGAGAUGAGGCCCAGUGCAUUCAGUCGCAGUCCACCACGUACUGCACGUGCCGCAGAGGCUUCCAGAAGGUGCCAGACAAGAAUUCUUGCCAAGAUGUCAACGAGUGCCUGCGCUUUGGGACCUGCUCCCAGCUCUGCAACAACACCAAGGGCUCCCACGUCUGCAGCUGCGCCAAGAACUUCAUGAAGACGGACAACAUGUGCAAGGCAGAAGGCUCCGAGCACCAAAUCCUCUACAUCGCGGACGACAACAAGAUCCGGAGCAUGUACCCCUUCAACCCCAACUCAGCCUACGAGCCAGCCUUCCAGGGCGAUGAGAACGUGCGCAUCGACGCCAUGGACAUCUACGUCAAGGGCAACAAGAUCUACUGGACCAACUGGCACACUGGCAGGAUCUCGUACCGGGAGCUGCCUGCCUCUUCCGCUGCCUCCAACGCCUCCAACCGCAACCGGCGCCAGAUUGACGGCGGCGUCACCCACCUGAACAUCUCGGGGCUGAAGAUGCCGCGGGGAAUUGCCAUCGACUGGGUUGCUGGGAACAUCUACUGGACAGACUCUGGGCGGGAUGUCAUUGAGGUGGCACAGAUGAAAGGCGAGAAUCGCAAGACGCUGAUCUCGGGCAUGAUCGAUGAGCCCCAUGCCAUCGUAGUGGACCCGCUUAGGGGGACUAUGUACUGGUCAGACUGGGGCAACCACCCCAAGAUCGAGACUGCUGCUAUGGAUGGGACACUGCGUGAGACCCUGGUGCAGGACAACAUCCAGUGGCCAACAG